CAAAGUUUACGUAACCAGAGGGUUACGUAAAUGGAGGUACGACUGUACAGAAUUGCCUUCAGAUGGCAACAUUUCUCCAGUGAAAAUAGGGACAUCCUAAGGAAAAGUGGGACAUUCUGGGAUGAAAUCAGAAACUAGGACAAAUUCUCUAAAUCAGGGACGUCUCUGGAAAAUAGGGAUAGUUGGAGGGUCUGAUUUUGUGGGUUCCCCAGCAGCAGCAGCUGUUCUGUUUCACCAAGUAAAGUCACAUCAAAUAUCACAAUGUUGUGUUUAUUGAAGAAAUCCACCACAAGUUAAGCUAUAUCUAGAACUAUGCUUGCUGUGAGCUGCUUCUGAACCAAAACAGACCCUGGAAUUGCCACACAGCUCAAAGAAGCAGGGACAGUAUAACAUUAGGCAAAUAAGUUAAUUAUUUCCAGGUAUUGUGAUCCCAAAGUUUAACGGUUUUUACUCAAAGGGACAUUGGGAUUUUCUCUCUCCGUUUCCAAGAUAAUAAUUGUUUGCAACAGAUAAUUUCUCAGACAAAGGGGAGAAAAGGUUAGCUUACGAAAGAUGUCCCAGAGGUAAACCUAGAAGAUAUUUAAAAGGUAUUUGCUUGUUUGCUUGGUUUUUAGAGGGACAGGAAAGACCUGAUAGGCUGGAAUUCUGGUGACUUCAUUAAAGAAGAAGAAGAAGAAGAAGAAGAAGAAGAAGAAGAAGAAGAAGAAGAAGAAGAAGAAGAAGAAGAAGAAGAAAAACCCCCUAACAACCCUAGAUAGCAUAAUAGGAAUGCAAAGGUGGAGCCAGUAAACAAAACUCCGUAUAAACACUCCAAAAACCGAGCAUUCAGCAGGUUUCCAAGGAUCGUGCAAAUGGCUUUCACCGACAAAGACUUCUAUGCUGCACAUUUCAAUCCAAAAGAAUAUUUGGACACCUUUUACAACUUCAGCUCUGGAAAAGAAAACAAGAAUGCCUUUUUGUUUUUCUUUCUGAAAAAUCUCCACCAGGCAUUCACUUUAGAUGCCAUAAAAGGGGACACCCUGAUUGAUAUUGGAAGUGGACCGACCAUCUACCAGUUCCUCUCGGCUUGUGAGUCCUUUCGAGAAAUCGUCGCCACAGAUUAUUGUGAACAGAACUGGGAGGAGAUGCAACGAUGGCUAAGGAAGGAGCCAGGAGCUUUCGACUGGAGCCCGGUGGUGAAAUAUGUGUGUGAGCUGGAGGGUAACAGGGAAAAGUGGGAAGAAAAGGAAGAAAAGGUCCGAAGAGCCAUUAAGCAGGUACUGAAAUGCGACGUGACCCAGGCCAACCCAUUGGGCCCUGUGGCUCUGCCUCCAGCGGACUGCUUGAUGUCCUCCCUGUGCCUGGAAGGGGCCUGCAAAGACCUGCCCUCCUACCGCUCCGCUUUGAAGAACAUCAGCUCCCUUGUCAAACCAGGGGGGCACCUCAUCUUAGGCUCCGUCCUAGAAGAAACCUACUACAAGGUGGGCCAGCGGCCCUUCUCCGGCCUCUACUUGGAAUGGGCAUCUGCGGAGGAAGCCCUCAAGGAGGCAGGCUUUGCUGUCAAGUGGCUCAAGGAGACCAAGAUCGAUUUGCCACUAUCUGAGACAGAUGCAAAGGCAUUCGGCAUUGUGGUGGCUCAAAAAUGCCAGAGCUGAAGGGAAGACCACUGAAGGAAUAACAUGGUGAAGCAGGAGUGUGUGGUUUUUUUUUGGGGGGGGUAUAUUUUGUUCUGGAGAUUAGUUAUUUCUGUAGAAAGUCUAUGUAUGUGAUAACAGCAUCUAGAAUAUUACAUGCACAGAAAUGGAAAGAAGAGAAGGUUCUACUGAAGGAGGAGUGACUUUUAAAAUUAAUGGACUAUGCAGAAAUUAGAGUUGCCAUACAUCCAGAAUUUCCCAGACAUAUCUGGAAUACUACAGUCAGAAAUAGUGCCUGGGCAGAAAUUGGAGAAAUGUCUGGGAAAAUCUGGACAUAUGGCUGCCCAUCUUG